UCUGCCAUUUUGUACAUGAUGAAUAAUGAACAGUUUGGUCAUAGCACUGCGUCGGCACAGUAUUUUUUACAACUAGCUGGUUAUUUGGGUAUACCGGUGAUAUCGUGGAAUGCGGAUAAUUCUGGUCUGGAGAGGCGAGCUUCACAAUCAACACUUCAACUUCAGUUAGCUCCAAGUAUAGAACAUCAAAGUGCUGCUAUGUUGAGCAUAUUAGAACGUUACAAAUGGCACCAGUUUUCGGUAGUCACCUCCCAGAUAGCCGGUCAUGAUGAUUUUGUUCAAGCUGUAAGGGAGCGUGUAGCUGAAAUGCAAGAUCAUUUUAAAUUUACCAUCCUCAAUUCAAUUGUUGUAACGCGUACUAGUGACUUGAUGGAACUUGUUAAUAGCGAGGCUAGAGUAAUGCUCCUCUAUGCCACGCAAAGUGAAGCAAUCACUAUUCUUAGAGCUGCUGAAGAUCUGAAGUUAACUGGCGAAAACUAUGUGUGGGUUGUCAGUCAGUCAGUAAUUGAAAAGAAGGAUGCUCAUCCCCAAUUCCCAGUGGGAAUGUUGGGAGUACAUUUCGAUACUAGCAGCGCAGCUUUGAUGAAUGAAAUAUCGAAUGCCAUUAAGAUCUACGGCUACGGCGUGGAAGCCUAUGUAUCAGAUCCAGCAAAUCAUGGAAAAAAGUUAAACACCCAAUCACUGUCAUGUGAAGAUGAGGGCAGAGGACGCUGGGAUAACGGAGAAUUGUUUUUCAAAUAUUUGCGAAAUGUGUCGAUAGACGGAGACUUGAACAAACCAAAUAUUGAGUUUACCGCCGAUGGUGAUCUAAAGUCUGCCGAAUUAAAAAUUAUGAAUCUUCGGCCUGGGGCCAACAAUAAGAAUUUAGUAUGGGAGGAGAUCGGUGUGUGGAAGUCUUGGGAAACACAAAAGCUUGAUAUUCGGGAUAUAGCAUGGCCUGGCAAUUCACAUGCUCCACCACAGGGUGUUCCGGAAAAAUUCCAUUUAAAAAUUACAUUCCUCGAAGAAGCACCCUAUAUCAAUCUGUCGCCUGCGGACCCAGUUAGUGGCAAAUGUCUUAUGGAUCGAGGUGUCCUAUGUCGAGUGGCAGCUGAUCAUGAGAUGGCUGACAUCGACGUGGGGCAGGCUCAUCGCAACGAAUCUUUCUACCAGUGCUGUAGUGGGUUUUGCAUUGAUCUUUUAGAGAAAUUUGCCGAGGAGCUAGGGUUCACAUAUGAACUAGUACGGGUAGAAGAUGGUAAAUGGGGUACACUUGAGAAUGGUAAAUGGAAUGGUUUAAUUGCCGAAUUGGUAAAUCGUAAAACCGACAUGGUAUUGACCUCAUUAAUGAUCAAUACUGAACGUGAAGCUGUGGUGGAUUUCAGCGAACCCUUCAUGGAAACGGGCAUCGCCAUUGUUGUGGCUAAACGUACCGGCAUUAUAUCGCCUACUGCGUUCCUAGAACCCUUCGACACUGCUUCGUGGAUGUUGGUGGGCAUUGUCGCUAUACAAGCUGCCACUUUUAUGAUCUUCCUCUUCGAAUGGCUUUCACCCAGUGGCUACGAUAUGAAACUCUAUCUACAGAACACCAACGUUACACCUUACCGAUUCUCCUUAUUUCGCACAUACUGGCUGGUGUGGGCAGUCCUGUUUCAGGCCGCCGUACACGUAGACUCCCCAAGAGGUUUCACAUCCCGCUUCAUGACCAAUGUCUGGGCUCUUUUUGCUGUCGUCUUUCUUGCCAUAUACACUGCCAACUUGGCUGCCUUCAUGAUAACGAGGGAGGAAUUUCAUGAAUUCAGCGGUUUAAAUGACAGCCGUUUGGUUCACCCCUACUCGCACAAGCCAUCCUUUAAAUUUGGCACGAUUCCUUACAGUCACACAGACUCCACAAUCAAUAAAUACUACAAGGAAAUGCAUUACUAUAUGAGACAAUACAACAAAUCAAGUGUGGCAGAUGGCGUUGCGGCUGUUUUGAAUGGUAACUUGGAUUCGUUUAUUUAUGAUGGCACUGUUUUGGAUUAUCUAGUGGCACAGGAUGAAGAUUGUCGUUUGAUGACUGUUGGCAGUUGGUACGCCAUGACAGGUUAUGGUUUGGCUUUCAGCCGCAAUUCAAAAUACGUCCAAAUGUUUAACAAACGUCUGCUAGAGUUUCGUGCCAACGGAGACUUAGAACGCUUGCGUCGCUACUGGAUGACUGGUACAUGUAGGCCGGGCAAACAAGAGCACAAGUCAUCUGACCCCCUCGCCCUGGAACAAUUCUUGUCAGCAUUUUUACUUUUAAUGGCUGGUAUUUUAUUAGCGGCAUUAUUACUUCUGCUCGAACAUGUCUACUUCAAGUACAUACGUAAACGUAUUGCGAAAAAAGAUGGUGGACAUUGUUGUGCCCUCAUCUCACUAUCAAUGGGUAAAUCGUUAACGUUUCGCGGUGCGGUCUUUGAGGCCACCGAAAUACUUAAAAAACAUCGGUGCAACGAUCCCAUUUGCGACACGCACUUGUGGAAAGUCAAACACGAACUGGACAUGACCCGUCUGAGAGUGCGGCAAUUGGAGAAGACAAUGGAUAAACAUGGUAUUAAAGCUCCUCAAUUAAGGCUUGCUUCAUCGUCGGAUUUAUUAAAUCAUCAACAUCUCAAGGAAAGACCGCCUCUAAUGGGAAAUUUGAGUUUAGCAGCCAGCGCACAAGAUCUAUACAGGUGUUGA